AUUACUAGACAUCAUCAGAAUAUUGCCUUCAUGACCAACAUGGAUGCUGCAAAUCCACCACCAAAGACUAAAAGAAAGAGAAACAGACGAUCCAGAAAGAAGACAAAUCAGAAUACAAUUGGAGAUACCAACCGAAAUAGUGAUCCUGAAAAUGUAGACAAAACAGCAUCUAAAAAGAAAGGGAGAAGGAGAAGGCGGCGGCAUGAUGACAGAUAUUAUUGGAGAUUCCAUUGCAAGAAAUGUAACAGACACUGGGACAGUGCUCAUGUUUACACUGUUGCAGGUACAAAAAAGGUGAAAUUCAGACAGAGGUGUAAGGAUUGUGAAGAUUCUUGGUUGUUUCCAUACAGUCUACAAAUGUUACAAUGUAGUGUAUGUGGUGAGAGUCAAUGCACAUGCAAAUGUGAAGAUUGUGGAAAACUGAGACACAAAAGGUUUAUUGAAAAUGACCAAGGUGAACUAGUUGUAAAUACAGAAUUUGAAUAUUGUCGGUGUGAGAAAAGCAGAAAUAUCCCAGUGGGACAAUACAUUGAUCGUAAGAAAAAUCAUCGUUCUGACCUGUGUCAGAAGGGUAGACCUUGCAUUUAUGUGCAAUCACAUGACUCAGCAGAAGAUAAUGAACCUUAAAAACUAGUAUGUGCAAUAUUUUAUUACAGUAGGAGCAGUCCAAGUUUGUAUCCUUUGAAUAAAUCUGAAGCUAAAUGUAUUGAUACAUUAUAAGCAGAAUACCACACUUAUUUUUGCAGCUCGAUUAAUCAAAUAAGCAGAGCUUGUACGGAACCUAUGCAGUUAUGUAUUUCCAUUACCCUUUAUACUGUUUUCAUUUUAUUGUGAUCAUUACUAAAUCCAAAAAAAAAUUUAUACAAAAUUUGGUGACUGUGAUGGUUUUUAAGGUUCUAUUUCUCUUCAUGACUUGUUCAUAAAAUAAUUCAUUGAUAAUUAUUUAUUAUUACUUUUUUUGAAUAAUAAUUUUUAUUAUUUGAAAUUUUUAAAUUUUUUUUAAUACAAAAAUCUGAUAAUGUCUGCUACACAAUAUAAAUAUAUUUCAAUGUUUAAAUAUGUCUAAAGUAGGGUGCAAGAUAAAAGGUUGCUGUGGCAUUAUAUGUCUCGAGAGACAAUCUUUUCCUUUUGCAACUUCUUGUAUGACUAAAGAGGCCAAUCCUUGAUAGACAGAACUAGCACUCUCCAUGUUUUUUCAGAGACAUUACUGUCAUAGAUGGAGUGACUUCUCCAUAUAAAGAAUCAUUUAUAUAAUAUUUAUUGGGUAUUAAGAAUUUUUGGUUUAUAUUCUUUUGUUUUAUUUUGUUAGACAAUUUAUUGAUGUAGUUGAAUGUUAUAUCUUUUUUAUUUCCCAUAUCAAAAAGCACUGUGAUGUUUACUUUGUAUUUUUUUUUUAAGAAAAUUAAUUUUGAAAUUACUUUUAAAUGAGUAUUUUCAAUGCAAUUUCCUUUCUGUGAUACAUCAAAGUGUAACUAUUUUAUUCAUUGGGAUAAGAUUAUGAGUUGUACCUAAUACAUUUAUUAUACUUUUAGAUAUUUCCUCUAAUUUUGUAAGAACGUUUAUUAUAUGGUAAAUCUGAUACAUUAUUGGUACAUGUAUAUAAAAUCUCCUCAAUUAAAAUUUUCACAGAACAGUACACAAUUCUGUCAUGUUGAUAGCUUGUUGUUAUUCUACAUGUUUUGUUUUGAUUAAUUUUUUUUUAAUGGAAAACAUAACUAACAAUUGUUUUGGAGAAGGGAGAUAAUUACAACUACACUUAAUAAAUAGGUAUACUUUUGAAA